GUAGUAGGGUAGCACCCUCCUCGCGCGCGUCAGCUGUUCGCCUGUUACAGGGCUAAACUGAAGAUACUAGACUAUUCCACAAUCAUUAUCCUUGCAGCUAUCAUAACGGGGAGAUUAACGGGGAAAACAUCACGAGCAACCGACUAGAGUAGACUUAUUAAGACUGCAGUUUACAGCCCCACACCCAAACAGGUGCCUCAGACAUCGGGCGCUGUCCAGGGUGCUGAGCUGCUAAACCACCUCUGCUGCCCUGAUACAUGCACCCACACUCCUGCUGACCUCCCUCCAGCCACUGCAGUCCCACUCUACACAGCACCACACAGCUUCCUGACAUGGAUGAGGGGUACCGAGACCGGACAGCCUUCAUCAAAGGCGCCAAGGACAUUGCCAAGGAGGUCAAGCGUCAGGCGGGCAAGAAAGUGGGCCGGCACGUGGACCGCAUGGCUGACGAGUACACCAAGCGCUCAUACACACGCUUUGAGGAGGACGAUGAUGACGACUAUCCGACAGCAGCCAGAGAUGGCGGGUACUACCGUGGCGACAGCCGUGCCGCUGAUGAUGACGAUGAUGGCGGCGCCCACAGCGACUCCACGGAGGGCCACGAUGAAGAUGAUGAGAUCUAUGAGGGCGAGUACCAGGGCAUCCCACGGAGUGACUCGGCAGCAGGCAAGGCAGACGGUCCUGCAACCGGGGGUGGCGCCCUCGCGCAGUACCGCGAUGUGGCCCAGUUCGAAGGCGAGAGGCGCAAAGACCAAGAGGAGCUGGCGCAGCAGUACGAGACCAUCCUGCAGGAGUGCGGACACGGCCGCUUCCAGUGGACACUCUACUUCGUGCUCGGCCUGGCGCUCAUGGCCGACGGGGUGGAGAUCUUUGUGGUUGGCUUUGUGCUGCCCAGCGCCGAAAAGGACAUGUGCUUGUCAGAACCCAACAAGGGCAUGCUGGGUCUCAUUGUCUACCUCGGCAUGAUGGUGGGGGCCUUUGUUUGGGGUGGGCUGGCUGAUCGCAUUGGACGCAGACAAACACUGCUCAUCUCUCUCUCCAUCAACAGUGUCUUUGCCUUCUUCUCCUCCUUUGUCCAAGGAUACAGCUCCUUCUUGUUUUGCCGCCUGCUCUCCGGUGUUGGGAUUGGAGGUUCCAUCCCCAUUGUCUUCUCGUAUUACUCAGAGUUUUUGGCCCAGGAGAAGCGUGGUGAGCACUUGAGCUGGCUAUGCAUGUUCUGGAUGAUCGGUGGAAUAUACGCUGCAGCCAUGGCCUGGGCCAUCAUCCCUCACUACGGCUGGAGCUUCCAAAUGGGCUCGGCCUACCAGUUCCACAGCUGGAGGGUGUUUGUGUUGGUGUGCGCAUUCCCAUCAGUGGCUGCCAUCGCUGCACUCAACACCAUGCCGGAGAGCCCCCGCUUCUUCCUGGAGAAUGGGAAACACGAUGAAGCUUGGAUGAUCCUGAAACAAGUCCAUGACACUAACAUGAGGGCCAAGGGCUAUCCAGAGAGAGUCUUCUCUGUGACCACCAUUAAGACGGUGAAGCAGAUGGAUGAGCUGGUGGACAUGGGAGGCGAAGGCACAGUCUGGCAUCAGCGCUGGAAGAGCAAGCUCACCAAUCUCUUUCAUCAGGUGUGGAGCAACUUCCUGUCCGUUUUCAGACCAGAGUACCGUCGUGUCACCUAUAUGAUGAUGGCUGUGUGGUUCUCCAUGUCUUUCAGCUACUAUGGCCUCACUGUCUGGUUCCCGGACAUGAUCAAGUACCUGCAGAGGCAGGAGUAUGCGUCCCGAACGAAGGUUUUCAUCAAGGAGAAGGUGGAGCAUGUGACCUUCAACUUCACCCUGGAGAACCAGAUCCAUCGCCAAGGAGAGUACUUCAAUAACAAGUUUUUGAAUCUGAAGAUGAAGUCCAUGGUGUUCGAGGACUCACUAUUUGAAGAGUGCUACUUUGAAGACAUCACCUCCACCAACACCUUCUUUAAGAACUGCACUUUCAUCGCCACCCUCUUCUACAACACGGACCUGUUCAAGUACAGACUGAUCAACAGUCGUCUCAUCAACAGCACCUUCCUGCAUAACAAGGAAGGCUGUUUGCUGGACACCAGCGAUGAGAACAACGCCUACAUGAUCUACUUUGUCAGCUUCCUGGGUACUCUGGCUGUGCUGCCUGGGAACAUUGUGUCUGCUCUGCUCAUGGACAAGAUUGGACGACUGAGAAUGCUGGCCGGCUCCAGUGUGAUCUCCUGCGUGAGCUGCUUCUUCCUGUCGUUCGGGAACAGCGAGUCCGCCAUGAUCGCCCUGCUCUGCCUAUUCGGGGGCAUCAGCAUUGCAUCGUGGAAUGCCCUGGACGUGCUCACCGUGGAGGUGUACCCGUCUGACAAGAGAACUACAGCCUUCGGUUUCCUGAAUGCCCUGUGUAAGCUUGCGGCCGUGCUGGGAAUCAGCAUUUUCCAGUCCUUUGUGGGCAUCACUAAAGCGGUACCCAUUCUCUUCGCCUCGGGGGCCCUGGCUGCUGGCAGCUUCCUGGCACUGAAGCUCCCAGAGACGCGGGGCCAGGUACUCCAAUAGUGCCGCCUCCCUGCCAGCAGGUGGCAGCGCUGAGUAGGGAGCUUCCCCUGCCAUAUGCCCCAAACCCCAACCCCCAGUCGAUGAGUGAGCCAUGCUGCAAGCAGUGGAAAUAGCUCGUGAGAAACAAAAAUUUCCCCCACUCACAGCAGGAGAGCAGUUAUAGAUGUUAUAACACCACCCCUUGUGAUUUUUGUUAUGAACUUCUUUGAAUGAUCAUUUUGAGAGGCAGUUCUUAGAAACACAGGAUAGACUGAUGUACAGGUCAUUUUUCCUUAAAGUCGGGGUGAUGGCAAACUGCUAGGAGCAAUCUUAAUUUCACCACAUGAAAGCCAUCCAUUGUUCAAACAAAUCUUGUGUACGUUCCUUAGCAUUGGAUAAAUAGUGGUAAGAUUCACACCAUCUUUUACCUGUCUCUAUAAUUAAGUGGCACAGUCUUAGGGAUCUCAGACUCAAAUCCUAGGUUACACUAAGGUCUAGUGCCAUCCUUAUUGUCUUUACAGGGAAAACAGGUGAUGGGUGUGGGUGUGGGUGUGUCUAAAUAUGUGUAUGUGUGUGUUGUGCAGCUGCCAUUUUAGACACAUUCCAGGUUUAUUUAAGGUUUGCAUGUGAGAACUAUUGAGUGAUGAGUUUUAACUUUUCCCUUUAAACUUUGUCCAAGCCAUUCUGUUAACUGGGAACCAUGGGUGAGAGCCUGUGUUGUCAGUGAGUAGAUAUCUCUGCACGGACAGUGUUUGCUCUAGUGUGGUACUGGUGCUGGUGCUGGUUGUUGUUGUUUUCUUCGGCUCAUAAUAUCUUGAGAACUCUUUACAGACAGUGUGAAUCACAGAUGUUUAGAUUGUGUGUGAAUGUGCAGCAUAAUUGUUUGAACUGUGUCUUUCCAACUGUCCUCACUUUCAGAUUACAGCUGUCUGCCCAUGUAACGUAAUGAUACAGUCUCAUAGCUUGUCAUUUGAGCACCCUAGAAUGACUCUAGGUUGCAUUAAAGACAAUGACAUUCAUUUGUAUGCCAUGCAGAGAAUACUCUUUUGAAAAAUGGCUUUUCAAAGUGUUGUGCAUGUAGGCCUAAUAAAUUCAGGAAACAAGUC